AUGGAAAGUAGGACAAUUACAGGUAUUAACACAGUUUCGUUUUUACCUGUCGAACUUGUUCAAUAAGUGUCCUCUCUACGGCUCUAAUAUGACAGCUUCAGUUCGUUAUGCGUGUUCACACUUAUUCAAGUCGAAGUGCUUUAUAAAGGAGCUGUGAGCAGACAGAAUCAAGCGCGCUCGCAUGAAUUUACCUUGCGCGUGCUCGCGUGCUCCUGAUCUCUGAGAGCGCGCUCAGGAGACUCGCUGAAGCCAUGGCGACGGAAGGACAGAAAGUGGUGCUGAUCACCGGCUGCUCGUCCGGGAUCGGGCUGGGCAUCGCCGUGAUGCUCGCGAGGGACGAGAUGAAGCGCUACUACGUCAUAGCUACAAUGCGGGAUCUGAAGCGGAAGGAUAAGUUGGUUGAAGCGGCUGGAGACGCGUACGGUCGAACUCUGUCUCUGCUAACGCUGGACGUCUGCAGCGACGAAUCUGUCAAACAGUGUGUCGACAGCAUCAAAGAUCGACAUAUAGACAUACUCAUCAAUAACGCUGGCGUCGGUCUGGUGGGGCCGGUGGAGGGUCUCAGUAUGGAAGACAUGAAGCAGGUGUUCGAGACCAAUUUCUUUGGUGCGGUGCGCAUGAUUAAAGAGGUCAUGCCCGACAUGAAGAGGAGACGCUCUGGACACAUCGUCGUCAUCAGCAGCGUGAUGGGACUGCAGGGUGUGACGUUUAAUGAUGUCUACUCCGCGUCAAAGUUCGCCAUAGAGGGAUUCUGUGAGAGUCUGGCCAUCCAGCUGCUCAAGUUUAAUGUCACUUUGUCGAUGAUCGAGCCCGGGCCUGUACACACUGAGUUUGAGAUGAAGAUGAUCGCAGACGUUUCUAAGAAAGAGUUUGCUGGAACUGAUGCCGAGACACUUCAACAUUUUAGGACCUACUACCUGCCCAGCGCAGUGAACAUCUUUCAAGGCCUGGGCCAAAGACCCAAGGACAUUGCCAAGGUCACUAAGAAGGUGAUUGAGUCGCCUCGUCCUCAAUUCCAUAACCUGACGAAUCCUCUGUACACUCCGAUUGUGGCGCUGAAGUAUGCGGAUGACACGGGCAACCUGUCUGUUCACACCUUCUAUCACAUGCUGUAUAACCUGGGAGGAGUCAUGGAUGUUAGUGUGAGACUCAUGAAGUACCUGACCUGCGGAUGCUUACGGAGACAAACCAUCUCACCAGUCUAACACACACAUCUCCUGAGAAUACUUACAAAGAUCAAUCAUCUCGUCUAACAGAUGCACACAAACAUGCAGUAACGUACCUGUGUGUGAACACUGUGCUUCUCUAUUCACUGGACAGCAUCUAUUUUUUGCCAUACUGCAUUUACACCUAAAGUGUCCAGUGAAUCACUCCAAAAUACACACAAACACUCUCUCUCAAACUCAUGCACACUAAAAAAGAUGAUGUUUGUUUUGAACUCUAAAAUCUUUUAUUUAUUUUUUUGUCUUUGUACAGAUUAAACUCUAGACAAGUAUUGAUUUCUUGUAACCUAAACCUUUUAGAGUAACUCACAUAUGCUGUUAUAUUUUUGUAAUUAUUUAUAAUUUAAGACAGCAUAUUAAGCAGCAUUUUAGUGUAUAUUUUUGAGGAUAGGAAACUUUGUUAGUGGGGCAAAACACUAAUAAAGGACAGAAGACAAUCAUUUCAAACGAAGAGAUGUUGAUGAAGAUGUUCUAGUGAUGAAGGCAGCAGAUUGAGCUCUGAAGCUCCUGAAAGACUGGAAUCACACCGUGAUCAACUAUGUUCAGCAGUGAUGAAAAGUGUGAAAAAAAUAAAUCACACUAUCAGAAAACGUGAUUUAUUUUUGAUUACAUAUCUCCUACAAUUUGAUGUGUCUAUUUAAAUGUUUUAAACCUUGUAUGUUAUGAUACAUGAAUGAGUGUAAACUCUAUGAAUGAAAUGACCUGAACUCGGGUCAUCUGAAGCGUAAGCACGUUGGAAUAUUGCCUAUGAGGCUAUCUGCUCUGAUAAUUAAAAGGUAUUUAAAGAAAUGUUAUCAUUUUAAUAAAAAAGGCAUAUUUGUUAAAUGAAAACUAUGAAGGGAACAUAAUUGCAUUUAAUAUGGGAUUUUCAUGGAUUGGCUGGCAGCUCCCUUCACGCAGACCUGUCAUCAUCUUAAGGUCUGUAAUAUGCACAGUAUUACAAACUCAGCAGUAUUGUCACUGUUGCAACAUUAAUGCAAAGACUGGUAGUUGUGUACAGUGUGAUUUCAGAAUUUAUGUCUUGGUUUGAUCAUUUUAAUCGGUCAGGAUUAGUUAUAACAUAUGCUUGAAUGCGGGAUGCCAUGAGAUUAAAAUGCUCCUCAUAGAAUUCGUAAUUAGCAUUCUGGGACUCUGUUCGAUUGCUCCUGUCUGCC